AUGGCGGCCAACGGUGACUCCGGCCGAGUGUCCGGAAGCCUUGUCGAUGCCUCGGGGUACAAGUUCACCGAAAAAGAUACAAAGCCUGGCAAGAUGAAGGUCAAGAAGACAUCCAAGGGCUCCACCAAGAAGAAAGCAGAUGACAUCAAGGACGGACCUGUUGAUUCUUCGCCCACUUCGCCCCUCCCUAAACUUGACGACAAGCUCGCAACCUCUUUCCCCACUGGCAAACCACGCGAAGAAGACCUACUUGAGACCCUUGUCUGCAAACACUGCAAACGACCAAUCCUGAAACAGAUCGCCCCCGAACACAUUCGCGGCUGCUUGAAGGCUAAACAGGAGAAAGCACGCAAAAAGAAGGAAGCUCGUGACGCAGCAAACCGAGCCAAGGUCGGCGAUGGCAAAGACGAAGAAGACAUUCGCGACAAAGGUGACGGUGACGACUCCAUGAAGGGACAGAAGAGCGCCAAGAAGAGCGCCAUCAAGGGCACCGAGGACGGGACCAAAAAGGGCAAGAAACGCAAGGCUGAUGAGGAUGACACCAAUCUCAACAAGGAGCCCAAGAAAAAGAAGAAGAAGGACGAGCCUAAGGCGAAGACUGCCAAACCCAAGGGCCCCGUUGAUGUUGAGAAGCAGUGUGGUGUUACCCUACCCAACGGAGCCCAGUGUGCUCGCUCUCUGACCUGCAAGAGUCACUCGAUGGGAGCAAAGCGUGCCGUCCCAGGUCGUUCUCUCCCGUAUGAUAUGCUUCUCCAGCAAUACCAGAAGAAGAACCAAGCUCGCCAGCAGAAAGCUGCUAUCGAUGCCAAUGCUCCACUCCAGGACGAAGUUGAUACCAAUGGCCCUGUCGAUUCAGACGAAGAAAAAGAUGCAAUCAUGGCUGCUAUUGCUCGUUCUGAUCCCCGCCCCCUUGUUGAACACUCAUACAUCACCUCGAAGAUGAAGUACAGCAAAAUCCGCAUCAAGGAACAGUUUGCGCAGGCAAUGGGAGUGCGCUCUGGAGCUUCUUUUUUCGGCACGGAUGAAAGUCAACCCUUGUUUGGCGGAAACAUGUUUCAGACCUUCGAUCCUGAGCUUGAUAUUUCCUCAGACCCAAUCCUCGCCUCUACUGAUCCCGUCGAUGGUGUUAUCUCCGUGGAUGGCUCGAAGAAGACCCCUCUUCAAGGCGCACGCAAGACCUCCGGCGCCACUCUGUCUUAA